GGAUUUCGUGUGUGCAGCACGACUGGUUCAUGGUCCAUCACUUUAGUCUGUGUUGUUCUUUGAGAAGGGCUGGCACGCCCUGCAGUGAGCCAGCAGUGGCCUUCAACUUCUGUACUGGCUAUGGAACCUGAGGUGUUUCUCUAACUGAAUCUUAGUUCAAUCUUGUUAGUGUGUGUGUGUGUGUGUGUGUGUGUGUGUGUGUGUGUGUAUGGCGGGGGGUGGAGGGUUGCCACUUUGAGUAUGUAGAAAUCAGAAGACAACUUUAUUGAAUCAAUUCUGUUUCUACCUUUAUGUGGUUCUGACCAUUGAACUUGGGUCAUUAGUCUUAAGCAGCAUGCACUUUACCUGUUGAGCAACCUCACUGUACCUAAGAAGAAGGUUGAAGUAGGGUAUGGGGCUCAAGGCUAUAAUCUCAGCUACUAGGAACACUGAGGCAGGAGGGUGGCAAGUUCAAGGCCAGUCUGGAAAACACAACAAGACCCUCUCUCAAUAUAUAGUUUUAAAAGGAGUUGGGGACAUAGCUCAGUGGCAGAGUAUUGAAUUAUUGUUUUCCCAGUAGUAGCAGGCUCUUGGGUUCAAUCAGACAAGCAAAGGGAAACAAAACUAUUAGAACCACAUAGAAAAGUAAAGCAUGGUAAGGAAUCCUUGUGACCGCAGUCUUUCUGUUCCUCUCAGCAACCUUGACAAUUAUAUAGCUUGCACAUUGUCUAAGAGAUAUAUGGGGGCUAAAAGACAUUCACACAAGUAUGUACAGGAACUUCUCAAGGACUGGAAGGAAAGCCUGUCAGGGCACUGUAGAUGACCAGACUUGUGCCCGUUCCUGGCUUGCAUGCACUGUUUCCAUCUUGCCAUGCGGCUGAUGACAGUGCAGAGUGACCUCAUUGUUUUUAGAGGUGCUCUACAGUAACUGCUUCCCACAGAGGGAUCUUUUCUUUGUUCCCAGUCUCUUGUUAUAAACCCUCCUCCAACAAGUGGCCUACCUGAAUGGGAUUUAAAUGGGGGCAUAAGUAUCUCCCAGGAUACCCCUUGGAAAACAAUAUAUACAUAUAAAAUUAACAUCAGUGUUACUAGAUUUCCUUUUACAACGCACAGGCCUGAAAUCCCAGCAAUGGGGAAGCAAAGGGGUGUGUGUGCCUGCAUUUGUGUGUGUGUGUGUGUGUGUGUGUGUGUGUGUGUGUGUGUAUGUGUGAUGGGUUGGAGUGAGGCAGGGGAAUCACCAGACAUCAAGAUCAGCUUGGGAUACAAAGUGAUACUCUGUUUUAAACAACAAUGACCAAAAAAAAGUAAAUAGUAAAUAUCCUUUCAGAGAUUUGCAGGUUUAGUUCCCACCAACAAUGUGUAUGAGGGUGUUUCUCAAGCCCGGAUUAAUUUGAUAAAUCUUUUAUCAGCUGCAAGAUGAGAAACAAGUAUCACAGAUUUGAUUUUCGUUUAAUUUAAGAUUGGAUAUUAAGCUUUGGAAAUUUUAAAUCGUUUCUUUUUGUAACCAGUUUGUGAACAGAGAUCCUACUAGAUAGAGAGGAAGCCAAGACAUGUGUCUAAUUCUUUGCUCUGAAGCAAUAUGAGGCAGAGAAAUUUAGUAACAGCAACAAGACUUUAAGGAGAGUCUUAUCUGGAGAGUAUUACGGAAUGCUUUGGAUUUGCUGCUUCUGGGUAUCAUGGAGAGCUUGGUAGUAUGAUGCAUAUAGUUAGGGAACUCCAGCAGAAUAUGUAAGAAUAGAAUUCAAUCUCAUUGUAGGAUUGGUCGGUGUCUUUUUUGUUUUUUUGUUUUUUUUUAAGACAGCAUUUCAUGUAGCUAAGCCAAAGCUAGUUUUGAGCUUCUGAACCUGUUUCCAUCUCGUUGCAUGGGUUAUUUAUUUAUUUACUCUUUUUAAAAGGGGGAUGAUAGAAAUAAGAGUAUACGCCACGGAGCAUGUUCUGUGUGCACAUUAUUAAGCCCCCCCCCCCCCAUUAUUUUAUUUUGAAGAUCCAUUAUUUUAUUUUGAAGAAUUAACAACCAAGGGCAAGACUUUGUACGUCUGCGCAUGGAUCCUCAAAUCAGGCCACCGAAUGUUCAACAGGGGACCUUGAGUCAUAUGAAGACAUAUGAAGCCGGAGAAAAAUAGACAUCCUUAUCUUAAGGCGUGUGUGGGGGGAAGGAGGUAGAAUUGACACAGCCCCUACCCUUGCAACAUAUAGGGAAACAUACCUCUUCCCUCUGCAGGCCCCGAUGGAUUCUAGUGUCUCUUGUAGAGCUUUGCAUGUUUGAAAAAGUGAGAAGCAAAGAACCCGAGAGCGAGGCUACACCCGAAUCCCACCCACCCCUUUCCGAUCUACGGGGAAGUAGAGCUGCGCACCGCUGUUUUGUGCGGGCUUCCUAGGACCUGAUCCUGGGCAGUUGGGGAUUACGUCCCCGAGGUAGGGCCCAUAGCGGGUCGGGAGGCGUGCUUGGGGACCUCCGGGCCUCCCGGGUUCCCACUCCUGCGUCCCCGCCCGUGCGGCAUCCCCCUCCCCGGCGCUGCGGCUGGCGCGCGCCCCGCCUGACGCUGCAGCUGGGCCAGCGACUCGCCAUUGGAUUAAAAAUAGCAGCUCCCGCCCGCUGGCCGGUCGGGGCAGGGGCCGAGUCUCCCCAGCCUGAGCUGAUCCUCAGCCCGCGCGGCCGCUACGUCCAGGUCCUGCUCUCCCACUGCGCCGCGUUCCUCCCCAGGCCCGCUGCGCUCAGCGGCCAUGCAGCGCCGGGGCGCCCUGUUCAGCGUGCCGGGUGGCGGCGGGAAGAUGGCUGCAGGGGACCUGGGUGAGCUGCUGGUGCCUCACAUGCCCACGAUCCGCGUGCCUAGGUCAGGGGACCGCGUCUACAAAAACGAGUGCGCCUUCUCCUACGACUCUCCGAACUCUGAAGGUGGACUCUAUGUAUGCAUGAAUACAUUUUUGGCUUUUGGAAGGGAACACGUUGAAAGACAUUUUCGGAAAACUGGACAGAGCGUGUACAUGCACCUGAAGAGGCACAUGCGAGAGGUAAGAGGAGCUUCUGGUGGAGCUUUACCCAAAAGGAGGAAUUCUAAACUAUUUUUAGAUCUAGAUAUGGAUGACGAUUUAAAUAGUGACGAUUACGAAUAUGAAGACGAAGCCAAACUUGUUAUAUUCCCAGACCACUAUGAAAUAGCCCUUCCUAACAUUGAGGAGUUACCAGCCCUGGUAACAAUUGCUUGCGAUGCAGUGCUCAGCUCAAAGUCCCCGUAUAGGAAGCAGGAUCCAGACACGUGGGAAAACGAACUGCCAGUAUCGAAGUACGCCAACAACCUCGUGCAACUGGACAACGGGGUCAGGAUUCCUCCGAGUGGCUGGAAGUGUGCCCGAUGUGACCUGCGGGAGAACCUCUGGUUGAAUCUGACUGACGGCUCUGUUCUGUGUGGGAAGUGGUUUUUUGACAGCUCGGGGGGCAAUGGCCAUGCGCUGGAGCAUUACAGAGACAUGGGCUAUCCUCUGGCCGUGAAGCUGGGCACCAUCACGCCUGAUGGAGCAGAUGUUUAUUCUUUUCAAGAAGAGGGGCCUGUUUCGGAUCCUCAUUUGGCCAAACACUUAGCACAUUUUGGGAUUGACAUGCUCCACACACAAGGGACAGAGAAUGGGUUCCGGGACAAUGACAUCAAGCUGAGAGUCAGCGAGUGGGAAGUGAUCCAGGAGUCAGGAACUAAGCUGAAGCCAAUGUAUGGCCCAGGGUACACGGGCCUGAAGAACCUGGGCAACAGUUGCUACCUCAGUUCUGUCAUGCAGGCCAUCUUCAGCAUCCCAGAGUUCCAGAGAGCGUAUGUAGGAAACCUCCCAAGGAUAUUUGACUACUCACCAUUAGAUCCAACGCAGGACUUCAACACACAGAUGACUAAGUUGGGACAUGGCCUCCUCUCUGGCCAGUACUCGAAGCCUCCAGUGAAAUCUGAGCUCAUUGAACAGGUGAUGAAGGAGGAGCACAAGCCUCAGCAGAAUGGGAUCUCUCCACGAAUGUUCAAGGCCUUUGUCAGCAAGAGUCACCCAGAAUUUUCCUCCAAUAGACAGCAGGAUGCCCAGGAGUUUUUCUUGCAUUUGGUUAAUCUGGUAGAGAGGAAUCGCAUUGGCUCAGAAAACCCAAGUGAUGUUUUCCGGUUUUUGGUGGAAGAGCGAAUUCAAUGCUGUCAGACCAGAAAGGUCCGCUACACAGAGAGGGUGGACUACCUUAUGCAGUUACCAGUGGCAAUGGAGGCAGCAACCAACAAAGAUGAGCUGAUUGCCUAUGAACUAAUGCGGAGGGAAGCAGAAACCAACAGGAGACCCCUUCCAGAGCUGGUACGAGCCAAGAUCCCAUUCAGUGCCUGUCUUCAGGCCUUUGCUGAACCAGACAAUGUGGAUGAUUUCUGGAGCAGUGCUCUGCAGGCCAAGUCUGCAGGGGUCAAAACAUCUCGCUUUGCCUCAUUCCCUGAAUACUUGGUAGUGCAGAUAAAGAAGUUCACUUUUGGUCUUGACUGGGUUCCCCGAAAAUUUGAUGUUUCUAUUGAUAUGCCAGAUCUACUAGAUAUCAGCCAUCUCAGAGCCAGGGGCUUGCAGCCAGGGGAAGAGGAGCUUCCUGACAUCAGCCCCCCCAUAGUCAUUCCUGAUGACUCAAAAGACCGCUUGAUGAACCAGCUGAUAGACCCCUCAGACAUUGAUGAGUCCUCGGUGAUGCAACUGGCUGAGAUGGGCUUCCCUUUGGAGGCCUGCAGGAAGGCUGUGUACUUCACGGGGAAUACUGGAGCUGAGGUGGCCUUCAACUGGAUUAUCGUGCACAUGGAAGAGCCUGAUUUUGCUGAACCACUGGCCAUACCUGGGUAUGGAGGGGCUGGGGCCUCUGCCUUUGGUGCUACUGGACUGGACAACCAACCUCCUGAGGAAAUCGUAGCUAUUAUCACUGCCAUGGGAUUCCAGCGCAGUCAGGCGGUACAGGCUCUACAAGCCACGAACCAUAACCUGGAAAGAGCACUGGACUGGAUCUUCAGCCACCCUGAGUUUGAAGAGGACAGUGACUUUGUCAUCGAGAUGGAGAACAAUGCGAAUGCAAACAUCAUGUCUGAGGCCAAGCCAGAGGGGCCCAGAGUCAAGGAUGGGUCUGGAAUGUAUGAGUUGUUUGCGUUCAUCAGUCACAUGGGAACAUCUACGAUGAGUGGCCAUUAUGUUUGCCAUAUCAAGAAGGAGGGACGAUGGGUGAUCUACAAUGACCACAAAGUUUGUGCCUCAGAAAGGCCCCCCAAAGACCUGGGAUAUAUGUACUUUUACCGCAGGAUACCAAGCUAAACCUCACAAGAAUUGGCGAGAAGAAGCCAUACACCUUUAUAAUUUGCCAAAAAAGAAAAAGAAAAAAAAAAAGAAAAAGGAAAAAUAAAGGAAAAAAGUUGGGACAGCCGGAUGCGGAGGACUACAUGGGUAUUUACUGCUCCUUUCAAGAGCGUGGUCACUCGACGCCUUCUGGAGAAGAACUGGGAAGAAAAUUCUGUUGGCGGUGAUAUUCUGUCCUGGGAGAUUUUGUAACUCUUCAGGGAGAGAGUGACGGAAGCAAAGGCAUUGUCCACCGGCCCCUCAGAGAGGCACUGUCUUCCCCUCUCUUCUACUUGGGGGGGUCACCAGUGAGGGCCCCCCACAGUGAGAAAAAUGCCCACUUUUAAAAUUUUUCCACAUAGGAAAUCAAAACCUGGACUGGCUUUUAUUGGUGGCACUUUGUUUUCAUUUCCCACAGUAAGUUCUGUGCACACUAGGACAUCUGCAGUGAGAGCUAUUUUUAAUUUAAAUCACGUCAAACUUUAUAUUACACUGUAUGAGUGUGUGUGUGUGUGUGUGUGUGUGUGUGUGAGAGAGAGAGAGAGAGAGAGAGAGAGAGGCAGAGAGAGAGAGAGAGAGAGAGAGAGAGAGAGAGAGACCUUUGUAGUCUGCUGUACGUCUGAUGGAUUGGUGUUCAAAGGCCAAAUAGCUGCUUUUAGGCAUAUUUGGAAAAGGCAGGCAAACAUCUUUAAAAAUUAUAACUCAGGAACAAUUGUUAAAAGUGAGUUCCCCACUUGGAUUUUAAAGUACAGAGAGCUGAGCUGUGGCCCCUUAAGUGCUGUCUGGCAUUCAUGAGGGUCUGUGUCGUUUGACCUUGAUGCCAGGUGCCUAAGUCUUGUCACUGUGCUUUGCCAAGGGCAGAUGGGAUCUCUUCCUCAGUAGGGCAUUCCCUCAAAGCUUUGUGUUUAGUUUUAGUUAAAUAACUGGCCUCCCAAGCUCCUGCUUACUCCCUGGGAUCACGUUAGAUGCCUGUGGCUUGUCUGAUUUUUUUGGUCCCUGAACUUCCUUGUGUUUUCACAUCUCUGCUUCUCUGGGGCCAGCUUCACCUCUGCCCUCACUGCCUAUCUGCUGUGGCCCAUGGUACAACCUGGGGCGCUUUAAGGAUGCAAGCUGCAGAAACACCUCUGUUGCAGCUGCAAAGCCAGGGCCUUCCUUCCUUGUCAUUUCCGGGUCCUAGCUGUGGUCUGAGAUCAGAGCAGAGUUGUGGAUGUGCAGUGGAGAGGAACCAGAGCUCUCCAUAAUUUUCUUACUACUUCUCAUCAAAUUCCAGCCUCUGGAGUUUCUAGUUCAGAUUAUUGAUCAGAUGGGAAAGGAUUUAUUGCUGUCUGCUUGAUGUGUGCUUGUUUGAUUGAUCUUUGCAGGAACUGCAGAAAAAAAAUGAUGAAAUAGAAACGGAAUGGGCUGAGUAAGCAGAGGCAUUGGGUUGGGAUGGGAUGAGUCUGAACAGUCAGAGUUCAAACCCUGGGGCCCUGUCUCAAGGAAGACCCCGUGUAAGUCCGGGCUGUGGGGCAGGGCCACGGGCCUGGGUACUUCUGGGUGCUGUCUCAGUUGGCUAUGGGCCAGUCCUUCCAUCUGUGCCUCAUUCUCCUCAUCCGCACGGUGGUCAGGUGACACCUCCCUCUUUCUAGCAGGCUUUGAUUAAUUCUGAAGAACCUCCAAUGAACAGAAGGUGGAACGUGGUAGGCCCCACUGGAGAGUGCUCCUGUCUUCUUGACUUACCUGUUGCGUUUUCCACUUGGGAAUAAAUGACAUCACAGGAGGGAGCUCAUGAUUCUCUCUGACACUGUCCCACUGAGGCACCUUUGAGGCUUGGCUCAGAGAUCCUAAGUCUCUGUCCUGUGUGUCCCUGACCAGCGCCCCUACCCCGAAGUGGAAAUUCACACACCAAGCAGCCUUACAAAUGUAGUCCCUAUAGGGCCACAUAUGGUAGGAUAAUGACUGACCUUCAGUGGCUGGUUUGCAGUGUUACAAAGCAAAGGCCUUUCACGUGGGUAGGGGACUCUCAGGAGGUUUGAAUUCAAAUGUGGUCAGAGAUAGUAUAUAUAUUUUGGACAAAAUAAGAAGUUUUUAUAAAACUUUUCAAGCUCAACAUUGUAAAAUCCACAUUAAAGAUUUUAGGCUAUAAACUGUUUAAUUUUAUUAGGUAGAAGAAGCAAAUUAAUCCUUCUGAUGCCAAGACAUACUUCAAGAAAGUGGAUAAUGACUGCCUUUUCCCUGCCUCACAAACACAAGGGCUAUUCAUGGCAAGGUUUUGUAUAUGUGCUAUUCUUCACUCAGAUCAGGAGCUGGACGCACCGGUGUGGGCAGUGCCUUGCUUUCUCGUUAGAAAUGUGCUUGCAUGUGUCUCCUGGUAUAGGCAAACCAGCUCUCUAGAGUACCAGUGGGAUAUAUCACUUAUCUUACGUGUGUAAAUGGGACGCUUGUGGCCACAACUGGAACAACGUGGGCUGUGUCUGCUGACCCACCUGCUGGGAGUCUUUUUGUGUGAGAUGUGGCGUGAUUGUGUGGCUCUCUCUCCAUGUAGGCAUCUGUGUGGAGGACAGAGCUUUCUUCCUGUAAAUAUCUUUUGAUAUCCAUUUGUGUAGACUCCCAAUAUGUCUUUGGAAAAUGGAUCUGUUUUGUCAGUUGGUCGAAAUACCCAAAUAACAAGUCAGAAAUCAAGCUUGGUAUAGGUUUUCUUUUUCUUCUGAAUGAGAAGAAUCUGGGAAGAAUCAUAUUUUAAUGACAUUUUAUAUCAAUGUUCCUUCAGGAUUUUGGAAUCGAUGAGCUUGUUUUCCCAAGCCUACAAGAGAAUGUGCCUGCCAUUUCCCCGGCAUCCCUUUGUGGUCCCAUUACCUCAGCUGAAGACUUACAAGUGUGCUUAUGUCCUGACAGCAUCUCUGUGUCACAUGCCUGAGUCUCACUGCUGCUGGGCCCUUGUCUCUGGACCAGGAGGUUAGACCAGAUAAUCUGUGAAGUCUCCUUCUGUCUGGCCACUACAUUUUGUGUUUAUUUUUCUGUGGUUCUGUCCAGAAUCAGACAUGAGCUGUGGCGGUCACUCAGGAGUUUCAGUGUUGGAGUCUGCAGCUAUUCUAGCUUGUAGGUUGCUGACAUCAUUGGUCCACAUCCCAUUUCUCUUCCUGAUCUAUUUUCUUUGGUAAUCUCACUUCCCCCCAACCCUGAACUCAAAACUUUUCAGUCUAUGAGGUCCUUUGCUACUGCCCCCCACUCCAAACAAAAGCAGCAAUGCAUGUAUGUCAUCCUCUUGGAAAAGUCUCAGAAUGCCUCUCAGCUCGCUCUGACAUGCACAAUAUUUUAAAAUCCUGAUUCCAUUGUUGCUAGUCCCAUCCUCAGAUAUGUGCUGCCAAAGCUGUCUGUCCUAGAAAGGGUGUCUUCAUCAUCAUAGAUGCCGUGGCUUCUGGAUCUCAUCACAGAUCUUCAUAGUCUGUGGGGUUACUAGGAGACAUGAGCAGAACAGAGGAUGGCAUUAGAUAUAAUGUGCUUCUGCCUGUCAGGGCAGUGUCUCAGGGGACAGAACAAGGUCUGUGCUGUGAAGCUGGUGGGUGCCACCUACUCGAUGCCACCAGGAUUUCCUACUCUCCUAAUUUGAUUUUCAUUGGUGUAAUAAAGACGAUGAACAAAAACAAGUUGGGAAGGAAAGGGUUUAUUUGGUCUUAUAAAGUAACACCCCACCAGGAGGGGAAGUCAGGGCAGGAACUGAAGGCAGGAACUGAGGCAGAGGCCGUGGAGGAGUGCUUCUUACUGGCUUGUUCCCCCCUUCUCUCUUAGCCUGCUUUCCAGGACCACCCACACUGGGCUGGGCCCUCCCUCACCAAUCAUUAAUCAAGAAAAUGUCCUGUAGGCUUACCCACGAGCUGAUCUUAAAGGAAGCAUUUUCUCAGUUGAGGUUGCCUCUUUCAGAUGAUCUUAGCUUGAGUCAAAUGAACCCAAACAAACAAACACAAGCUAAUCAGCACAGUCCUCUGUAAUUCAUCACCCUUAUAGUUGGUGGCAGGCUCUGUAGCUCUCUAGCCUGGUGGGACUUGGUCAGUCCAUACUGAGGUUGUUCCAUAUACAUAAAACGCACACUAAUACUUGGAAAGCUUCAACAAGCGGAAUGACUGUUGCAAAUGAUGUUGACUGCAUGUGAUGGUAAUUUAAUAUUAACAUUUCCACUGUCAUCUGUUCUUAGCAUGGCUACUGAGCAAUUCAGAAGUGUGCCUAAGGCCCAGCCAUUAUUGUUCUGCACUGAGAGGUCGCCAGUGAAAUCCCAUGAGUGAGACAGGACCCUGCAGAGACUCUGAAUCAAAACAACACAGAUGGUUUUGCUGGAGUUGAGGGCGCAUGAAGCACUGGACAAGGCCCAGAAACCACAAGAACCACCUUGUAGGUUCUGGGGCUAUUUUGCUUAAACACCCCCCCCCCCCACACACACACCCCUUCAGCUGCAAAAGCAGUGUGCCCCCCAGUGGCCUUCUCUUGGCCUUGCUCCGGUGCUGCCCUGUAGAUUAGCAACUGUUUUCCCAGCAUCCUCCAGGUGCUGUGGAUGUUAGCUGGGGCAGAGGUUUGGGCAUACUGCUUUCAAUUCAGGCAACAUUCUCUUGUGGUCCCUCUCCCCGUGUCCUGUAUUCUGUUCCCAGCUGGGCAUGUGGAAAGGCUGUGUGGAUCUCAGCUCCUCCGCUUGCACAGAGGCUGAGCCUGACCUGUGCCCGUCUGCUCAGCAGUGUUACUGUUGGUGGCUGGAAGACUUGGUAUUUAUUUAUUUUGCACUAGUCACAGUUGGUGUGGAAACUACUUCAAGUGUUUGGGAGACUACUUGGCUAUAACGGAAAGAGAUGGAUAAUUUAUUGCUUUGAUAGUUUUAAAUUAAAAGCUAUUCUCACAAACUCA